AUGAGGAGGAUUGUGAUUUUGAUCGCUGCGUUGGCAAUUGUGCUUCAAUUAACAGCGGUUACACCAGCUACAAGACACGAAGAUGAUUUUCAAGCCAUUGAAUGGCAAAAACUUCCGUUCGAAGAUUUCAACGGAGACACCUCCGUAGUCGGAACUUGGAACGGAAAGGAAUAUGUGAUAAGGAUUCAAAUGUCGUCACUGGAUCUGGAUAUGAAACUUGUUUUUCCCGGCAAAAAAGGCUCUCAAGAUUUGAACGGUCCACCUUUUGGGAACGAUCCACCAAACCUUGGAAAGAUUCUCAAGUGCAAAGAACUACCGGAGUACCCUGGGAAUAUGACAUGUUCUGAUUACCAAGAGUACAAACGGAAAGAACCAGGUCUAAUCGCUCGUGUGGGGACGAUGGUAAAAAACACGUGGAGCUUUAUGGUGACAACAGUGGUUGAAGCUUGGAAAAUGUGUUCUAACGGCGUUGGAACAACGGCUAAGAACAUUUGGAAUGCAUUGAAAUGGUUGAUCAAUUUGGCUCGUAACAUUUGGAAAGGAACGUUGGAGUGGGUCGGUAGAAUUUGGAAAGGAUUGACGGAUUGCGUCGGAGAAAUCUGGAACAGACUCAAAAGGUUGGCAGAAUGGAUUUUUGCAACGAUGAUGUGGGCAGAUGAAUGUGUUUACCAUGGAGGCUUAUGGGUGGCUGAGAGGUACUGGGUCUGUGCUGAAUGGUUAGCCGAAUGUGCUUGGAACGGAACGGAAUGGAUUUGGGAUCAGAUUGAGUGGUUGAGCGGCGUCUCAAAGGAAAAUGCUUCAUGGUUAACUAAGAAGGCAUGGAUUGGUUCAAAACAGUGGGCCGAGUGGGCAUGGGGGGAAGCGAAACGGUUGAUCGAUUGGUCAUGGAAAACGAUUAAAAGGAACGGUAAACCACUUAAACCUGCGCUCGAGUACGUUUUGGAGACGUUUUCACUUUUUAUCAAGUUUUACAAUGAAUACGUUCACGACCAUCUUCUCAGAAUUAAAAGCCACAUUAUUGUCUCGACCUGGCGUGAAACUGGUUACACGAUCUCAGUCGUAUUGCUAAUGAACUGUGUUGUGCUGGCUGUGUACAUGUUGAUUUCGUGGCCUGUUAAGUCGAUCUCGCGAAGACGGCAAGCUUAUAAAGAAUGGAAAGAAGCCGAAGAAGCUUCCUGGAGAUUACCACCAAGACGUCAGUCUCAGUCAAACAAACGAGUCUGGGAAAAUCCCAAGAAGAAAAAGCUCUACAGGAAUAAGAACUCAUAAUUCAAGACUUCAUAUCUGAUUUCAUUUGUUAUGUGUAUUUCAAACUACUUUGAACAGAAUUUUUGGUGGAAACAUGUCAUUUUUAAUAAAAUGUAUUUAUUGAAACCUGAAGUUAGUCGUUGUUUGUAACUGUUUCCUUUUUUCUAAUUCCUUGUCAUUUUCUUUUGCAGUCCAUUUUUGGCCGGACAAA